AUGAAAAGCGCGUCAUCGCCGAUCGACAAUACGUCGACUGCAGAGGACACACGUGUAACUGAAUACAUACGUGACCGCGAGACCGCACGUUACGAUGAGUUGCUACGUGCAAGAUGUCUUCCAAUCGGUCAACGCAACGGUACUAAUCUUUCAGCAUCACCUGAUAAUAUCCUCACCAGCUUUGCUCAGUUGGCUACUUGUCGGACCAUGACUGAGCGUUCAAUGAUAUCGCUAUUCGACGAGACAGAACAAUAUGUCGUUGCCGAGGCUACCCCGACCACGUCUUUGCUGCCCACGCCACGACCAGACAACAGUCGCGAUGCUUUCUGGCUCUGUGGAUCGUAUAUCCCGCGUAAUGAUGGGAUUUGUGACUACAUGCUGCGUGCCGCCGACAGGUCCUGUACGGCGUCUACCCCGGACGAGUUGCCUGUAUUCGUUGUGCAAGACCUAGUCACGGACCCGCGAUUUUCCUCCAGUCCUUAUUGCCAAGCUGGUAGUUCGGCUAGAUUUUAUGCAUCAGUACCUAUUCGAUCUCCUCGGGGGAUCAAUAUCGGGAGUCUAUGCGUCUUUCAUUCCACACCAGGCGUGGAAUGGACGGAUGGGUAUUCAGACGUUUUGCGCGGCCUGUCACAGAUCAUCAUGGAUCAUCUUGAGGGGAACAGAAUAAAAAAUACCUUGAAGCGCAGCCGGCAAAUCGGCAUUGGUCUGCAGAAAUUCACCGACAGAAGGCCGGUUCCGCUUGAAAGCAAUCUUGAUUUAUUUGCGACUAUAAAACCCGGCACAUCUCAUCCUCCCGAUCAGAAAAAAGCCGAUCCGGAUCUCCAGCAUUCUCCAAACCCCCACCACGAACCCAUCUCUCCUAUAAAACCUAAGCCUCUCGAAAUUCCCCAAGAUCAGCCUCAAAGGUUCACAUCAUUGAACACAUUCUUCGACGCAGCCACUAUCAUUAGAGAGUCUCUUGACGUAGAUGGAUGUGCGUUCUACGGUGGAGACUCCCGUAAUUUCAAUCAUGUGCGCUCGUCAGAAUCUGAUCAUCAGUCUGAAGCUUUCCUCGACAGAUCCUGCUUCAGCCCAACUGUGAUAAGCGAUGAGGAUGAUGUGAAUUCUCAGGUGCAGCUCCCUUGUCAAGUUCUCGGAUCUUCCUUCACCCAGCCCAGCGAUUCUUCUCCCGAAGCCGUGGGGGGCUUAUCACAACUUUUCCUCUCUCAUCUGCUUGAACAGUACCCUCAAGGUUCCAUCUUCAACCUUGAGUCUCAUCCUACCGGCAAGUUCGACGACCGAAGUAAUUUCAGCCUUGAUAAACAAAGCGCUUCCGCCGCGGCCAAGAUAGACCAGAUUUCGCUAAACGAGGACCAUCCAUUGCCGGGGGCGAGCUCGAUAAGCGACUGCGAAAUCACAGGGUCUAUUUACGAGCAAAAAGAACUUUCGCAGGCUUUCCCUGAUGCACGAAGCGUUGCUUUCAUCCCCAUAUGGGAUCCCCAAAAAGGAAUGUGGUCCAUCGGCGGCUUUGCAUGCUCGAGAAAACUUCGUUAUGAAUUCGAUAGGGACAGCGAGUUGCCCUUCCUGAGGGCUCUCGGCAUACUUGCAGCAUCGGAAGCCUUUCGACUCGAUACUUCGAAAGCUGACAAAUCGAAAUCGGACGUUCUUGGCUCGAUAUCCCAUGAGUUGCGCUCUCCACUUCACGGAAUCAUGCUUGGUCUGGAGCUACUCAGCGAUUCAGGACUAACUGCUGCGCAGCGGAACCUUGCUUACAUGAUUGAGACAUGCUGUCGAACCCUUUUGGAUACCACAGAACAUUUACUGAACUACUCUAAAGUGAAUCAGGCUUCAGAGACAGACAAGAAUCAAGCCAAGGUUCUGAAGCAGUCCAAUGACGAUAAAGACAUUUCUGUUAGGGCAGAACCUACGCUUCGAUCUGUUCCUUUAAACCUCAUCAUCGAGGACGUGAUCGAAAGUGUUUAUGCUGGUCACAGCUACCAGCAAAUAUCGAUAGCGGGCUUGUUCAGCCCUCCCAAGCACCGAAAAGACUCUGGAGUCCAGGCUACGCGACGAAUGGAAUCUGCGCAAGCUGCAGAAGAAGCCCACAAUACAAGCGGCAGUGAUGGACAGCAUCAACAGGACAGGAACGUUUCCGUUUUCUUACUAUAUGAUCCCAUGUGUCAAUGGAACUUCCACACAAUUCCUGGUGCAAUCCGUCGCAUUGUCAUGAACCUGUUCGGGAACUCUCUCAAGUAUACAUCCAGGGGUGUUAUUAAAGUUUCGGUCUCGCAAAGUCACCCAGAGAAUGCCAAUAGCAACGAACGAAUAGUUACACUCGUGGUAGAAGAUACAGGCCGGGGCAUCAGCGAGGAGUUUCUGCGUAACAAAAUCUUCAGACCGUUCUCGCAGGAAGAUCAGCUAUCGACCGGCACCGGAUUGGGGUUGAGUUUUGUGCACAGAAUCACAUCUCAGCUCGGCGGCACAAUCUCCAUCACCAGCCAAGUCGAUGUUGGCACUAAAGUCACGGUAUCAAUUCCCAUGAUGCUGGACGUGACUUCUUCAACGCAUGAGCGUGGCAUGGAAGAACAAGCAUGCUAUGGCCUUCGUGCCGCGGUUACCGGCUCUAUACAAACUUCCAGAAUUGCCCCUUCAGGAAUUAUCAGUACGGAUAACUUGAUCGAGAGGCUAUGUUGCGACCACCUCGGUAUGACACUGGUUGCGGAAUCAAAGGCCAAAGAGCUGAGACCGGAUGUCAUUAUCUUUAUCAACAAUGGAAAUUCCAGUCUACCAGCAUCAUCUGCUGCAUGGGAAGAAAUGCCGGUUUUAGUGGUUUGCAACGACGCUGUACUUUUACAGAAGUCCGAAUCAGCAUGCAAGCGCCGCGGUCACUCACAAAUACAGGAAUUUAUCACACAACCGACCGCGGUUAAUGGCGAAGAGGCGGUUUUGUCUUACAAGGAAAGUCCAGGACAGUUCAGGUAUAUCCUGAUGGAUAUUUCCAUGCCCGUCAUGGACGGUCUCGAGGCAACACGGCAGAUACGGGCAUUUGAGCAAUAUAACGAAAUUCCCCCUUCGUUAGUGAUGGCGAUCACAGGGUUGGGGUCUGAGAGUACGCGAAAUGAAGCAACUCGAAGCGGAGUAGAUCUUUUCGUUACUAAGCCCGUUAAACUUAAGGAACUCGAGACAACACUCAAAGCUCGUGGGCUUUAUGUCUAG